AUGCAUGCUCCAUGACUGCCAAAAACAAUGUGAUCAGCGCAUACUUGUUGAUAUAAAGGAAAGUUUUGUUUGCAUAAAUUAUGCGCGCAAAAUGUCAACGACUAUUGUUUGCUGGGUUCAGGCGCGUUGCUCCGCCCCCCGCUGUGUUUGUCAUAAACCUGGCUCCUGGCUCCAAUAAACCCGGGCUAAGAGCGCCCUGGGCUCGCCUCCUUCUCCAAGGCGAUCAAUAGGAUCUCAGGCGCACUCCAAGCCCUCUCCUACGUAGACAUCCAACAAGGAGAGAGCCGACACAACAACACGCGUGAUCUGCUCCAACCACAGAAAAAAAAAAAGAAAAAAAAAAAAAAAAAAAAAAAUAUUCUACCUGCUUUCUGAAUCAUGUCGUUGAGCCCAAAGCACACAACGCCUUUUUCAGUGACAGAUAUUUUGAGCCCAAUCGAGGAGACCUACAAGAAGUUUGGUGCAAUGGACGGCGCAGGGAACCUAACAUCUCCACUGGGAGCCUACCGGCAGCCGCAGGUGUCUCAGAGCGGCAUGCAGCAGCACUCCAUGGGCCACAAUGCCGGCGUGGCGGCCGCCUACCACAUGCCGCACUCCGUGUCCCAGUUCUCCCACAGCGCCAUGGGGGGAUACUGCAAUGGGAGCAUUGGCAACAUGGGCGAGCUGCCGUCCUACCAGGAGAGCAUGAGGAAUAGUGCAGCAGCAACAGGCUGGUACAGCAACCCGGACCCAAGAUACUCCACCAUUUCUAGAUUCAUGGGACCUUCCACAGGUAUGAACAUGGCGGCCAUGGGGGGUCUCACCGGGAUGGCGGACGCCUCCAAAUCCAUGCCGGUGCUGCACGCCACACCACGGAGGAAGCGGCGCGUCCUCUUCUCGCAGGCUCAGGUCUACGAGCUGGAGAGGAGGUUCAAGCAGCAGAAGUACCUGUCGGCGCCCGAGAGGGAGCACCUGGCGAGCAUGAUCCACCUGACGCCGACCCAGGUGAAGAUCUGGUUCCAGAACCACCGGUACAAGAUGAAGCGCCAAGCGAAGGACAAGGCGGCGCAGCAGCUGCAGCAGCAGAGCCAACAACAACAACAACAACAACAACAACAACAACAACAACAGGACGGGACCAUGUGCCAACAACAGGCCCAGUCCCCGCGGCGUGUAGCCGUACCGGUUCUGGUCAAGGACGGCAAACCGUGCCAGAACGGUUCCAACACGCCGACGCCGAACCAGCAGCAACAAGCUGUGCAACAGAACGGAGCCGGUGUGGUGCUGGGCCAGCAGCACCAGAACCAGCAGCAGGUGAACGCUUUGGACCUGGAGGACUUGUCUCCUAGUCCCCCUUCUCUGCACAGCCAGCUCAGCAUGGCGCAAAUUGACAGUUCUGCCGUAGAUUACACCAACAACAUGGUCACCUCGAACCUCCUUUACGGCAGGACGUGGUAGGACACGUGCACACUCUUUUCUAUAUCAGCCUGCGGAUGAUGAGCCCAUCACACACACACACACACACACACCCACACACACACACACACACACACACACACACACACACACGCACACACACACACCCACACACACACACACACACA